CCUAAAUCCUCCCUGGCGCGCGGGGCCGGGGCUGGCAGCUCUCGCGAGAUGCGAUGCUCCCGGAAGCCGGAAGAGGCGGUGGCAGCGGUAGUGUGAUGUGUGGGGGCUGCGUGGAGACCGAGUACCCGUCCCGGGGUAACACCUGCCUGGAGAACGGAUCUUUCCUGCUCAACUACGUGGGGUGUGUGGAGUGCAACAAGAGGGACUUUGUGCUGAUCGCAAACAGAGCAGUGGAGGAGGAGGAUGGAGAAGAAAUCAUCACUUAUGACCAUGUGUGUAAGAACUGUCAUCACAUGAUAGCCAGGCACGAAUACACAUUCAGCGUGGUGGACGAUUACCAGCCAAAGGCAAGAUCAGACGACUAGGAACAAGGAGUGCAGGUCGCACCUAUGGGAUGGGGACCUGCAUCCUGGAAAGCCUUCACACUCCCAGUGCAAACCAGGUGACUGAGUCCCAGCGUAGUGCUGCAGCCGAGGUGGUGUGCAGGAUCCUUCGGCGUGCGAGCUGGGAAUAUCCAACACAAGUAAGGAGGUGAUGUGACCCCUUUGGCAUUGGAGAGACUUUGCCCAGUGCUGCACGGAGGAUGUUACAAAGGGGACAGGGCUCAGAAGAGAGCUAAGAGGAGUCUUCAAGCUCUGUAAAACCUGCCUUCUAGCGAGAGACUUAAAGGAACCCAAUCUGUUCAGUUUAGCUGAGAGGUGACUUGAUCACGCUUCCAGGGAGGAGAUUUCUGCUAGCAGGGGGCUCUGUGAUCUACCAGAGACUAGCCGAGCGUGAUCCGGGGCUAGGAGCUGAAGGGAGGCACGUUCAGACUAGAGAUAAGGUGCCGGUAUUUAACAGGGAGGGACGUUAACCAUCAGAACCACUGACCCCAAGAUGGGGCAGGUCUUCCGUCACAUGGCGUUUGUAAAUCCAGGCUGGAUUGUCUCUCUAAAGCUCUGCUCCGGCUCAGACCGGAGUUCUGGUCUGGACGCAGGAGUCGCUGGGGGAGCCUCUCUGGCCUGGCUUAUAUAGGAGACAGAACAGUCCCUUCUGGCCUUGAAACGUCCAAGGGCAAGUCCCUUUUCCUGCUCGCUUCCGUCCCCAAAGCCCUGGUCAGUAGCUGUGCGCCGGCUGGUGGGCGCUCUGCAUGCCCUGAUUGGGUUAAUCCAUUCCCCUCGCUGGGCCAGCGGAGCCCUGAUCUUGCUCGGAGCUGCUAGUACCGAGGCAGCGAUGCCCAGCGAAUGUGCUGCUCUGCCUGCCUGGCAUUGCGGGGGAGGGCUGGUCGGUUUGGCUGUAGAGUGAGUGGACAGUGCUGAUGAAGGGAGGAUGGAGACAGCCUGCUGGGCUGGCCCCAAGCUCUGGACUAGUCUCCCUGGGGGAGCUGUGGGUGCCCCAGCUCUUGAGAUGUUUGAAACAAGAGCGACUACCCCAAUGACUGUGGGAGGGGGAGCAAUCCAGCCCUCGCCCUGGGAAGAAACCCAAGGGCCCUGUAGGUCUGGUCGCCGGUGAGGCCUUUCGAAGCCCUCACUCAGGGCCAGGUGCCCAGUCCGUCUCUGGCUCUGGUGCACAGCAAAGCUGAGUGAUAGUAGGGAGGCAGGUUUCCUACUGCCACAGUCAUGCUCUGCUAGUCCAUUGCAGGCCAGUCUGGGCGAAGGACUUUCCUUGAUCUCUCAGGCCAGCCUGCAAGAGUCCCUUGCCAGCAUGACUCUUGGUUGGGCACCCUGCUGUGCCGCAUCGGAAGGGACUGAAUGCUUGUCGCCAUGUGGCAGAGUUGGCAUCUGCGCUCCCUUAUGGCCCACUGUGGCACUGCUCAUCUGGCCUCAGUUUCCCUCCAGAUCUUCACUGGUCAGCAGCCAUCUUCGGUCUGGUCUGGUGCCGUGGUGGCUUGGCCCUCUGGCUAAAUCACAGCAAAACUCUGCCCCUGCAGGGGUAUCCAAGUUGCAAAACAAAUACAAGGAACUCAGAAAGGAGGGUCGGCCGGGGCUGGACCCCCAUCCUACUCAGGGUCCAUUUUCUUAUUAACACUUGCCUGGGCUCCCAGCUUCAGGCCCAGCCCCACUUCCUCAGGGAGGCCCUGACCUGCACCCAGUGAGAGCUGGAGAUCUCCCUUUUAGCUCCUCCCUCCAGGCCUGAAUCUUGGCCAGGGUGUAGGUGCGUUCUCCAUCUCACACACAUGCCCGGGACAAAGGAUUCCCAGCCCUGCAUCUGGAAGCGAGCCCCCCUUUGCCCCCGCGUGAGCGCCCUCUGUCUUG